AUUGCAUUGCCUGACACUGACAGUGGCAACAUUUUCUUUCACAAUCACAAAUUAAAAAAAAAGUGACAUCCGAACGGUGAGGUAGGCUCUUUUUCUGUUUUCAGUCCUUAUUUAUUGUGAAAUUAAGCGAUUUUCGUGAUAGUUAGUAGCAGAUUACUCCACUUUGAUGCCUAAAUUUUACUGAGGUCGACAUAUAGCAGAGGGCUGUAUUGGCGCACGUGAACAACAGCAAUGGUAAUGGAGGCGUCCCCGUCCCCGCAGAGCGUUGGCCGCGAGUUCGUGCGCCAGUACUACACGCUGCUCAACAAGGCGCCCGCCCAUCUGCAUAGGUUCUACAACAACUACUCGUCAUUCGUACACGGUGGGUUGGACGCGCCCAACCGCGAGACGCUGCCGGUGGUCGGCCAGAAGCAGAUACACAACCGCAUCCAGCAGCUCAACUUCCGCGACUGCCAUGCCAAGAUCAGCCAGGUUGACGCGCAGGCGACGCUCGGCAACGGCGUGGUGGUGCAGGUGACCGGCGAGCUGUCCAACGGAGGCGCGCCCAUGCGACGCUUCACGCAGACCUUCGUGCUGGCCGCGCAGUCGCCCAAGAAGUACUACGUGCACAACGACAUCUUCCGCUAUCAGGACAUAGUGUUCUCCGACGAGGAGGGCUCCGGCUCGGGGCGGUCCGAAGGCGAGGAGGAGGAGCCCAGCACGGGAGGGACGGGGGCGGGCUACUUCCCCCCGCCGCCCGCCACCUUCCCCGCGCCGCCCACCGCCUUCCCCGCGCCGCCCGCCCUGCCCCCGCCCGCCCUGUCCGCGCCGCCCGCUCCUGUGAGCGCGCCCACUCCCAGCCCCGCCCCCGCCGCGUCUACGCCCGCGCCCGCGCCCGCCCCCGCCGCCGCCCCGCCUGUGGCCGCGGCCCCGCCGCAUGUCAACGGACACCCGCAGCACGAUGAGGCGACGCGGCAUCUCGUCGCCGCGCUACAAGCGAGCAGCAUGACGAGUGGCGACAGGGAGAGGGAGAGAGAAAGGGAACGCGAGCCGGAGCCAGAGCCGGCGGUAGAGCGAGAGCCCGAGCCGGAGCCGGUGCGAGAGCCCACGCCGCCUCCAGCGACACCAUCACUGCCGCCGGAGCCGAAGACUUACGCCAACCUGCUCAAGUCGGGCGGUGGCGCCCACGUGACCCGCGCCUCCCCGCCCUCCGCGCCCGCGCCCGCCCUACCCGUGGCCGCCGCGCCCGCCCAAGCCGCCCCCGCUCCCGCCCCCAACACUGCGGCGGCCGGCAACGCAGCGCCCGCGCCGCACGAGUCGCGCCCGCGCCCGCCGCGGUCACAUCAACCGCCCGGCGACGGCGGUUCAGGCGGCGCAGGCGGCAGCCGACGAUACUCGGACUCGCAGCAACUGUUCCUCGGCAACCUGCCCCACUCCGCCACGGAGGAGGAGCUGCGCGCAUUGUUCGCCCGCUUCGGGCCCGUCGCGGAGCUGCGCGUGCACAGCAAGCCCGCGGCGCCCGGAGCCCCGAGGCACCCCAACUACGGAUUCAUCACUUACGAGAGCGAGCAAGCCGCGCAUGACUGUCUGCAUGCUGCCCCGCUAUACUUCCCGGCGGACAGCGCGGAAGGCGUUAAGCUCAACGUCGAAGAGAAGAAGACCCGCGGCCGCGAGCCGCCGCGCCGCCGCCCGCUGUCCUCCCACCGCCCCGCCUACCGCGCCACCUACCGCCGCUAGCCGCGCGGUGGGUGCACGGCGCCGCUCCCCUCCCCUCCCCUGCCUCCCCCGCCCCUCCCCCCUGCCCCCUGCCCCCCUCCACGCUCCGCGGGGAGUCCCCGCCACACCCGUCCCGCUCGUUGUACACUGGCCGAGUGAGUAGAGUGACGUCACGUUAG